GGCAGAGCCGGGCCCGCGGAGCCGAGCGGCGGCAGCGGCGGCUCCGGAGCGCGGCCGGGCCGGGAGCGGCCCCGCAGCCAUGAAGAUCUGGACCUCGGAGCACGUGUUCGAUCACCCGUGGGAAACUGUGAUGACAGCUGCCAUGAGGAAAUACCCCAACCCCAUGAACCCCAGCGUGGUGGGCGUCGAUGUCCUGGACAGGCACGUGGAUCCCAGCGGGAAGCUGCACAGCCACCGGCUCCUGAGCACCGAGUGGGGAAUCCCGGCCAUUGUGAAAUCGCUCAUUGGCACCUGCAGGACAAGGACGUAUGUGCAGGAGCACUCUGUUGUUGACCCUGUGAAAAAAACAAUGGAGCUUAAAUCCUGUAAUAUUUCAUUUACAAACCUCGUGUCAGUCGAUGAGAGGCUUGUCUAUAAACCACACCCUCAGGAACCACACAAAACCAUUCUGACACAAGAAGCAAUAAUAUCUGUAAAAGGUGUCAGUCUCAGCAGUUACCUAGAAGGGCUAAUGGCAAACACAAUUUCUUCCAAUGCUAAAAAAGGCCGUGAAGCAUUGGAAUGGGUAAUUAAAAGACUGAAUGCUGAAAUUGAAGAGUUUGCAGCUUCAGCAAGAGGAACCAUGAGGAAUUCAAUGGCAGCAGCAGCAUUUGUAGAGAAAUGAUGAUCGUUCUUAGACCUGUAUCACUAAUGAGGCUUAACGACCUGCAGCCUCUCUCCAGGCCUAGAUACAUGUAUCCUUUGUUAUUUAAAGGAUGUGUGUAUGAGGCAUGUUAUAAAUUUAAUUUGGAGAAAAGCUGAAUUUUUCCCAAGGCUGAGGCUCAAAGGCUUUUUAAUAUAUUGGGUCAGCUGGACCGAUGAAGAAAUAAAUUUAAGUGUAGUUCCUGUAUUUACAUGAACACUAACUUAUAAUGUUUGCAGAUGUGAAAUAGCCUCAUUUAGUGCUGAGGCUGCAUAUGGUGGAGGACACUGGCAUGUUAGGCUAACUUUUAUUUGUGUGACUUAUGGACUACCACUUUUGGGACCAAGCCCAAAAUUAAGCAGAAUGGUUGUUCCAGCAUUGUUCUUUUUGUUGAUUUUUGACAGUUGUGUAAUACAACUUGGUUUAACAGAAAGCUUAUUACUUGAUGCUUGAAAUAUAAAAGAAUGUACAAAAUAUUUUUUGAUAACCUUUUUAACUUGACUGGUUGAACUAACAUGGUACUCAAAUUGUUUUUCAGGCACUAUAGGUAAAACAUCAAAGUGUCUCUUACCUACCUACCAAGACCUGCUCCUAAAUGCACCAUCAAUGAGCUGGGCAUGCAGUACCUUAAAGUCAAAUUUUAUCUUAAACUUCUGCAAUAAGUAUCUCCAUUUCUAAAAGCCCAUAACAUAAAGGUACGAUAAGCACAGAGCCUUAAAAUCUUGUAAGCUGCUACAGUAGUGGGUGUUCACUUCAAAGAACCAAUUAAAUACUAAAAAACCUUUGUGAAAGUGGCUGAGGAGAUACCUAAACAAAAAAGGAAAUAGUAUUUAACAAUAUACUUGUUAAGUUGAUCAGAAACAACGUGCCUCAUCCAGUGGCUGUUGUGUUGUGCUUCACUUUAACCUGAGUUCUGAGUUCCAGUUCCCUUCACCCAUUGAGCUGAUUUGCUCACAGUCCAAGGCCCUGUGUGUUCUCAGGGGUUUCUCUCGGUGUUUCCUGGUACUCCUUGCAGGUUCCUGGUACUGUCACAGUCACUCCCUGAGGAAGGAAAAGGUCAGCCCUUGGCACGUGCCAGGCUGCGCCACUGCGGGCACUCCUGGGCACCUCACGGGACUCUGAGCCACGAGGCCCCUUCAGGGUCAGCAGAAAAAGGCAAAGGCACAGCCCAGAAGGAGCUGAUGUGGUAUUUUGGUGCCCAAGGCUUUUCCUGGAAUUUUGUGUCUAAGCUUUACAAGUGAUUUCAAGGCUCUCUUAGCCUUUAUGAACUGUAAUGUCACCCUGCCCAGCAUAUUUGAUUUUGCAUGCCAUUUCUGUUAGAUCAAAUUGCCUAUUAAGUACUGUCUGCUUACAGAGCUUAUUUUAACAAACAACACUUCCAUAAGGUUUGUGCUGGGGAAGAAAACAGGAAUAUAGAUAUAUAACUUUUAAAAAUUAACUAUUCUAAACAGAAUAUUUUUCUAAACAGAAAUGGCUUGAGACUACCUUACUAAUUUAAGUCAUUGAGGUUUGCCAUACUUUUACAGGAGAUUAUUAAAAGUGAAAUAACAUUUCAAUUUUAAAGGUGUAUGUGAAACUUCUGCAAAACUGUACCAUCAUUUCUGAUGAAAACGCUUAGCUUGAAAUUCAUUUUAUAUGUUUGCUCAGCCAUUAGCAUCGUUUGAUAGUCUAAAGUCAGUUUUUUCAUUUCCAAAUUUUUCUGCACUAAGGACUGCAUAGUAGAACUCACAGUUUGGCCUUGCACUGAAAAAAAACCUUACUGUUUAAUUUCUACAGGCAUUCAACAACUUCUUGAAAGAUAAUAAAUUUCUUUCUUCUAUUUUAUUUAUAUGCCUGCAUUCUCAUUCUGUCAGAGUAUGGCUUUCUGUAUGUGGCCCUUUUUAAAUAAAAUUUUGUUUCAAUUCUAGCUAAUUCUUGAAACUUUCUGGUCUAUUUGUGUUUAGGACUAUGAGGUGAGUAAUCUAAAAUAAGGGGGCUGAAGGUGAAGAAAUCCCUGGAGUAAGUGGGUUUUUUUUAAAUGCAUAUUCUGAAAUGCACAUUCACAGCUGCUGUGGUCUUUUUUGCUUCUUAAUAACUCAGCUUUUCUGCAAAUCUGGCUUUAACUAGCAAGCAGAUUUCACAGUUUGCUGUGGAGCAUCCAUCGUGUGGAAAGAUUUUCAUGGGCUGAGAGCUGUGUUCAGCUUUGCUGCAGUCUGUGUGGGUUGCUGUGGGUGGAUGCAGCACCACGGGGAGAGGGGCAGGGCAGGGAGGAAAUGGGGGCUGGAAGGAAUGGAGGAAAUGAGGAAGAGAAAGCAGCUACAGCUGGAGGAACAGAACUGAAGGGCCAGGAGGAAAGAAUUUUUAAAAAGGGGAAAGGGAUGCAGGAAGUAGAAGGGCAGAGGUGGAGGAAUGUGCUGUGAACAAACCAGUGCUGAGGGCUCUGAUGGAUCCCUGCCCACCAGUGGGCACCAGCCCCUGUUCAGACACAGCUCUGAACCACAAGUGCCAGCCAGGGGUUUGCUUCAAAAAAAAAAACCAGAAAAAUUGUAACCACCGUUUCCUACAACAUUGCUGGUCUGUCUCCUGUGGUCUGUACUUGCAUUUAUAUUUCCAAUAAAUGUCAAAUAUAGUAAACAUGA